AUGAUUCUAAAGAAAGAAGCCGGAUUCUUUCAUUCAUUCUUUUUUUUUUCUUUCUUUUUUUUUUUCUUUCUUUCUUUCUUUCUUCUUUCUUUCUUUCUUAACAACAUGCUCUUAAUUCAAAGAAGCCGGAUUCUUUCAUUCAUUCUUUUUUUCUUUCUUUCUUUCUUUCUUUUUUCUUUCUUUCUUUCUUUCUUUCUUCUUUCUUUCUUUCUUAACAACAUGCUCUUAAUUCGUGCUUUCUUUCUUUUUUUGCAUCUCCGGCUUCUUUUUUUUUUUUCUUUUUUUUUAAAAUCCAUGAUUCUAAAGAAAAAAGCCGGAUUCUUUCAUUCAUUCUUUUUUCUUUUUUUUUUUUUUUUCUUUCUUUCUUUCUUUCUUUUUUCUUUCUUUCUUAACAACAUUCUUAAUUUCUUUCUUUCUUUUUGCAUCUUUCUUUCUUUUUUUUUCUUUUUUAAAAUCCAUGAUUCUAAAGAAAAGCCCGGAUUCUUUCAUUCAUUCUUUUUUUCUUUCUUUCUUUCUUUUUUUUCUUUCUUUUUUCUUUUUUUUUCUUUUUUAAAAUCCAUGAUUUUUCUUUUUGCAUCUCCGGCUUCUUUCAUUUUUUUUUCUUUUUUUUUUUCUUUCUUUCUUUUCAUUCUUUUUUCUUUCUUUCUUUCUUUUUCUUUCUUUCUUUCUUUCUUCUUUCUUUCUUUCUUAACAACAUGCUCUUAA